CAGUGUGUACACACAGUGAAAAGAGGAAGAGAAAAAACCAAGUGACUGGCACGGCACACACAGGUUUUUCCACACAUAGGGUCAGUCAGUGCAAGCAGAGGCCGUCGUUUGUUUGCAAAAUAACCUAAGCGAUACAUGCGAGAGUGUGUCGCAUUGCGUUUUCACAUCAUUAGAAUCAUCGGGAAAAGAUAAUUUCAGCUGUGAAAUUUAUUUAAUUUUUUCCACGAAAACGUAGAGGAAAAAAAAUUCUAUCAAAUGCCGAAAUUGUAACACACAAUAACAAAAUGGAACUCCCGAAGAGUUCGAUCAAAAACUGAAAUUGCAACGAGCAAAUUGAAGUGGAACGGAAUCAAAUUAAGAAAACGCAAUCACACACACACACACACACAAAAUACACGCACGAGCGGUAGCACACUGUUAACAGCGUAAACCGUGUGCUGAAACUGAACGGUGCUGAAAAUAAGAAGAAGUCAAAGAAAAACAAAACAAAAUCAUUUCGCCGAGGACGAUACACGGUGUGUCUAUACGGCCAUACCGAAAUCGCAUAAAAUGCCCACAACAUAUGGACUGCUGAUUGGUUUGUUUCUGUUUGGCAUUUAUGUUUGUUGGAUUCCGCAAAUCAAUGCUGAAUGUCAAACCCGAUCAAUUUACUGCUACGAAUGUGACAGUUGGACCGAUGCACGAUGCAAGGAUCCAUUCAAUUAUACAGCGCUUCCGAGAGAUCAGCCGCCACUGAUGACCUGCAACGGGUGCUGCGUCAAAAUGGUUAGGCAUUCCAAAUCACCAUAUGAAGUGGUACGACGAAUGUGUACGUCACAAUUGCAAAUAAAUUUAUUCAUGGUUGACCAUGUGUGCAUGAUGGAAAGUUCAGGCAAGGGCCAUAUGUGUUUCUGUGAAGAGGAUAUGUGCAAUCAAAGUUCGCCACUUUUUAAUUCUUUUCAAUUGUAUCGGCACGAAAUUCUAAUGCUGAUUCUUAUCUUUGUGAUUGGAUUGAUUACCAAUCCGUUUUAAAAAAAAAUUACCACAAUAUAGUUGGAAAUUAUGCCACGAGAACCGAUUUUUUGUUAUUCCAGACGAAAAUUCUCUGUCCGAAUUUGAUUAUAGUGAUUCGAUUCAUUUGCGAUAUUCAAUCGUUUUCAUUUCGAAAACAAAUCCAAUUAGUAAAUUUAAAACAAUGACAUCGGAAAUGUGAAUGUUCACAUUUCUUGCAUCGAAUUACUUAUUUAUCAAUUGGUUUUGCAUUUGAAUCGGUCAGAUGGAUUUGUUUCAAUUUUCGAAAAUGAUCAUAGCAAUCGAUCAAAUUGAUAUUUCAAAACUGCUGUUUCCUAUUACUUUCGAACCAAGUUUUCGUUGCCUCAACCGAAUCGAUCGUAAUAUCUUGCUCAAUCACACCAGCAGCUUAUUAUUUGUUGUUUCGUUGUAUUUUCUCUUUUGUUUUGUUAUUCAACUAGUUCUAUCGCGUAAAAUUAAUCUCUUCUUCGAUUCGGCGAUUCCACAGUGGCUUUAAACUACGCUUUAUUUUCCGUUACACUUUUAAUUUCCGUUUUCUUUUUAGUUAGUGGCUAUAAAUCCAUUGAACCGAGUGUUCUAAUCCUUCUUACGUUUUAACAUCCGUUCAGUGGAUUUUCUCGAACUUUCCUACAACCCAGUGUACACUUUUACACCUGAAUAAACUUUUUCAAUAUAUACACAAACACAUUUAACACACACAAUUUUUGAUCAUUAAAAUCGACUGUGGAUGGGAGUAAAACUUGGAUCUUUGAGAAGCUAUCGAAGAUGAAAAAGCUUUUGCAAAAAGUUCAGAGUUAAUUUUAAUGAUCAAAAUCGGAGCCGAUUCUCUUUGAAAACACAACCGUUCGUAAUUAUCACGCCUAAGCGCUUCACAUUCUAAUUGUUACCAGAUCUAUUACACGCGAUUUCACCCGUUUUCUGGCACCAGAUUAUUAUGAUCCAGUCUAACCUUUAUCCUUAUGUAAUCUUUAUAUGCCAAGUCCGAAGAAAUGUGUCGUCGCGAUCGAAAUAUCGCGCACGGUGCACAAUUUCUUCAUUAUUCGAAUUGAAUAACUUUUUCAAUCGCAAAACGAACGAAAUGCACACACUUCUACACGCUUUUAUCCCCUUGUGCUUAGCCUCCACUGAGCUAUUGGAAAAUUCAUUCACUCGAUUCACUCAUUUAUGUUGGUCCAUGUUUCGAUCAACUUUCAACGAUAUUCAAUUGACGAUUGAGAAAUAAAUACCAAUAAUCUAAAUUUGGUUUUGGAUCUAAAAUCAAAUCAUUUAAUAUUUAUACGAAUCAUCUAAGGAUAAAUGUUUCACGUAAGCAAACAACACACAACAACUCGAUAUUCACCAAAUGAACGUAAUUUCAUCAUCAAAUAAUAAUAACCGUAGUAUUUUCGAUUCAAUUUGCGAAUCUGGCUUUAUCUUUCGUUUCCUCCGUAAGUUCGACUGAAUUUUCUUUGAUGCGGUGGAUGUACACAUCUUUCUUUUACUCCCGAUUCCAAUCAAAAUGAUGAUAAUUGAAUCAUACAUAACAAAAGCUUAGUGAAAUCUAAAAAUAGCGUGAAUAACGGCGAUGACAAAGAAAACACAUGAAACGCACACACAAACUCACACACAUACACAAAAUCAAAACAAAAAACUCAAUACGAAAACCGAUUAAACGUAUUUUCCUCACAAGUAAAGAGCAUUUACCAAGAAAAAUGUAAGAAAAGUUUGCCAAGUGCGAUUAACGCUAAACGAAACAAACAAUUAUUUGAGCUAACCAGCCAAAAUGCGCAUAGUAAAGCAAUGUGUGAACCAAUGCGAACCAAUGCAAACCGAAACGAAAUUCGAUGCCGCAAAAAGUUCACACAUUUUCUGCCCAAAACACUACACACACACAACAUCAAUACCCAGAAGCGAUUCUAUGCGCUGUUAAGCGACAAAAUCAAAGCUAAAAGAACCACGACAAAACGAUGAUUUUACCAAUAAAAAAAGCAAUGCUUUUUCACAUAUGAUGCCAAGGCUCUGAUAUUUUUACAUGUACACAGUGGCUUUUGAUCGAAACCCAAUUUUUAAAUUUAAUUUGUUGUAUUUUACGAAUAUAUAUCAUUUAUGAUCCUGUAAAUAAGAUCCACUCUGUCCAUAUGGUUCUAUGGCUAGAAACAUAUUUGUGUCCCAUAUCCUUUCGAUCACGCGUGCAAAAAAAACAACAACAUAGAUAAGUGUGGUGUAAAAAAGGGGGGCUUCGUCCAAUUUAAACAGCAAGACAAUUUUUUUUCAAAUAAAACGAUUCUUAUGUACUUCCAAUAAUAUAAAAAGCACAACGUGUCAAUACGCAUUACGAAAACUUCUUGCAGAAUAUUUGGUCAAUUUUUAAUAUUAAGAUGCAGCGUUUAUCAAAAUGGUUCUUCUCAUUGAUGAUUUUAAUAUGUUUUCCCUUCAGCCGUUCAGUCUUGGUCGUUAAAGGUUAAACGGUUCAUUUCGUUUUCAAUUCUUUUGAACAAAAGUAAACUUGCUCAAUCACAUUUUUGAUUUCACAUUUAGCUAAUUAAUGUAUUUUUUGCUCAAUGGGUGGCUUCAAUCGUUUUAAGGCCACAAAUUAAAACCAUUUUUAAUGGAAUAAUUACAAAAAUACAGAAAUUUCAAACACACACAUUUUGAACAUAAGCUGCGCAGCGCGUUGUAUUUUUUGAACAAACGAUAAAUUAAUUCAAAAUUUUGGAACAUUCAACACCAUGUCUCCAUUGACCAUUUGGAGGCCCUAUAGAUGACCACUCUUUUCUACUCUCGUCGUAAAUUGUUUUUUUUUAAAUAAAAAUCUAUCUAUUCAUCUUUUUCCUCUCUCUUUUCCUCUCCUCAUCAAAAAGAAAAAAAAAUACCAAUCCCCUUGAUUCAAUUAACCCAUUCCCCUAAUCAAUACAUGGUAUGUGAUGUAAAAUACACCAAUUUAAAUUUCUAUUUGCAACGCUCUAUCAUUUUUACAAAUGAUCAUCAUAUCAUUUGACACACACACACACACACACAGCAAGCAUAUAUAUCGGGAUAAUAUGAUUGUCCAUCGUUGUAAGUUUUAUUAUUUAAAAAAAAGGGGAAAUUGGUCAUUCUAAUUAGAUUCAAGAUUUCUAAUCAUAUAUCAAAUUGAAAAAAAAAAAUUGUAAUUGUAAUUGAAAAAUAUAAUUAAGAUUGAGGGAAAAAGGAGAAUAUUAUGACAACAAUGAGAUUGUUCUGUUUUUCAUUUUGAGUAGGCCAAUGAUUAAAAAGUAAUAAUGUAAUAAUUUUUUUUAUUUGUAAAUCGACGAAAAAUUCAAUCAGAAAAAUGUAGGCAAAAACUUAAAAAUUGUUCAACGUGCAAUGAAAAAAAAUUAUAACAAGAAAACUGAAUCUUUAGAUUUUAUUACAGAGCUAAUUAAGUAUAAGUUGGGAUUUUAAAUGGGAAGCUAUUACAAAGAAAUUAUUCUAUUAAUUAUUGUAUAAUCAUUGAAUCAAAUCAAAAGAAAUGUUUAUUAGUCGGAGAAAAUGGAAAAUUUCCUCUUGAUUUUAAAUCAAUUCAUCAUAUCCAAAAAAAAAACGAAGAAAAACUAAAAGCAAGAAUUUUGACAAUUCAUUUCAUAAAUUUUUUUUAGUUUAAGCUUAACAAAAAAUAUCAUUUGUUUAGUAGGGAAAUUUAAAAGACUCCUUAACAUAAAUUCUAUGUUCAGUGUUUCUACUGAAAUCCUAAUUGUUUUUUGCCCUCUGACAUUCUCAAAUUGUAUCAAUGAGAAAUAAAGCGAAACUUUUUCCAAAUAAGCAACAGAUUGAGAGAGAGACACACACAAAAAAUAACAUUAUUAAAGAUAUUUUUAUUCGAAAAUUUU